AGCAUCAUAAAGCAAUUUCGUGAGGCCAGAAUGGAGCUUCCUAUGCUGGAAAUUGACACAAUGGACGAACAAUCAUUGGGUAUAAAACAUGCUUUGCUUGAUAAUAAUAAGGGUGGUAGAAUUAUGAUCACAACACGUAAUAGGGAGGUGGCUAGUUUUUGUAAAAAAUUUUCACAUGUUCAUGUUUUUGAAUUGCAACCACUAACUCCUGAUGAGGCAUGGGAGCUAUUCUGCAAAAGGGUGUUCCAAUUUGAAUUUGGAGGACAUUGUCCCCCAAUAUUGGAGAAAUUGUCUCAGGACAUUGUUGAGAAGUGAAAAGGCUUACCACUUGCAAUUGUUGCUAUAGGUGGUCUUCUGUCAACCAAAGACAAAACUGUCUUUGAAUGGAAAAACUUGCAUGAUA